AUGGCAUAUUACGGUGGAGGCUAUGGGGUUAGUGGCAUUAUUAAUCAGGAGUUUGAACAAGAUCGGAUUAGUUAUGGUCAAUAUGGUUAUGGCUUGUACGAAACAGACCGUGAUUAUGAACGAAAUCCAUUUACGGGGUAAAUAAGUAUUAAAAAUGAUUUUAGUGUCACUCCAUUGAGUGGCGGUUAUGAGGAUAUCGUUAUUAUUAAAAUUAAUCAUUUUAUGCUAAGACAUUUUGAAAAUUUUCCUCAGAGAUUUGUUUUUUGAUUUAUAUUUAGUCCUGAUUUUAAAAUAAAAUAUCAUUAACUAUCCAUUAUCUUGCUAAAUACUCUGUAGUAAAGCUAGAAGUUAAUUCAUCUAUAUUUUAUCCUCUGUUGAUGAACAGACACAGUUUUCUAUUAGUUCAAUGUUUAUACUAGGCGUUUAAGUUGUCAAAUGCUUAAUUAACAAGAUCCGAGCUUGUAUACAGCUCGUGUUAGGUUCUUAAUUCUGAAUAGAUAUUACACAAAGAAUGUGGUGAUCCAAUUCUAAUUGAUUAUACAAAUGGAUAAUUGAAGAGGUGAGAGUAUUUUAGAUGUCAACUAAAAUGAAGACCCAUUUCUACUAGAGAGCUCAUAUCAAAAUUCGGCAGUUUUUUUCGGAAGGGGUUGUCAGUAAAAUUUUUUGUGGGAAAAUGAUUAGCAUGGUCAGUUACCUAUGAAGUCGGAUUUCUCUCAUGGAGCACCUUGCUUUUCUGUAAAAAAAAUUAAAACUACAAAGACGUCUGUGCGGAAAUCGAACCCGUGACUUGACAAUAAGAAACAUAUUCUCAGUUGGCUCUUUAAUCAGCUGAGUCACGAACCUAUACUUCUUCUGGAAAAUACUCCACAGAAAAUUGAAGUUUCGAUAAACGUUCUGUGGCCUUCUUUGGAUCUGAUAACGACGACCUACUUUCUUGAAUGUUGAUACGUAAAUUUAUCUGUCAUUUGCCCUUAGAACUACCGAAACAAAACACAGUCAUUUUCUCCAUUGUGUAUUUUGUUAUGUAGCAAACCUAUCUUGAUUAGUUUUCUAACUUGUUCACUAUAUUCAGUAACAAAUUACUAUGUCUUACAUUCACAAAAAUACAGCUAUAUAUACAUGUCACCGAAAAUCCGAGAAAGGAUUAGAAAAGGAUCUAAUGACGUCAGAAGAACUAGUCAGAACAUGACAUCAUUAGGUCAUGACGUACAAAGAAGAAUAGGAAAGAAUAUAUCAUUUACUACUGAUCGGACUAAUGACGUCAAUAGAACAGGACAUAACAUGACGUCAGAAGAAUAAGAGAGAAGAAUAAAGAUAUGAUCACCAUACGUCAUCAUAUUAUAACAUGUAAUGUGAACAUGUGUGUGAACAAAAUCGAAUACAGUAAGGUAUCUCGCGUAAGAAAAGAACUAUUACUUAACAUCUCCAAACCAUUUUUAACGCAAGCUUAUUUCUUUGAUCUCUUAAGGGCCUCCCCCCCCCUCAGAAAUGGUGAUUUUCGGUCAAAAAAUCGGUUUUGAGAUACACACAUGGAAAGAUAGCCUGAAGUGUCUACUUCCAGAAUCUGUAUUGCUUUUGGUUACAAAAGUGGUUUUUCGGGGAUUUUGAGCAAGUUUUCCAAGAGCCUCGAAAAAAUGGGUCUUUAAAUAAUGGUUUUUUCCUGGAUACUUAUGCAAUUAAAAUUUUUUUGAAAACACAGCUUUGUAGAGCAAAUGUUU